AUGACCCAAGCCGACCACGGCGAACGGAAAAAAGAGAAAGCUGCACUUCCGAACCGCAGAGACGCGGCGCCAGGCAGGGCGACGCUCCCACCCGGCUCCGUGCUCGCCUGUGUUCACACCGAGCAGAGGCGGAGGCUCCCUCCACCCGGCACCCUGUCCUUUUUUCACCCGCGAGGUCUAGCUGCCCCCGCGAGGCGAGCUACCCACGCUCCCUCGGUAACCCCGGCGCCCCUGCCUCGGGACAGCCUCUCUCAGGACGUGCCUUCCCCGGAGAGGAACAGUGCACCGCCGGGACCCGACUCGCCGCGAGCCGUCCGCCACCCCAACCCCCCAGAGCGCGGGCGCGUGGGGUCGGGGACACUGCACCCGGCGCGCACUGCAGCCCCCGCCGAGGCAGACAGAGCCCGAGGCGAGGCAGACCCGCGGGCAGCUCCCGGGUUCCCCACGGAAAACCUGCGGGCGAAUGAGAAAAGAAAACGGCCUUACAGGGAACCUAAAGCCAGAUGGCCAAGUCGCGCGGCCGCGGCCGCGUCCGAGCGGAGGCGGCGCGGGGGUGCGGGGCGGCAGGGCUGCGGGCCGGGCGGGCGCGGGGGCCUGGGCGCUGCGCGCUCCGCCGGCCCCUCUCCUCCGCUCGCGCUGCGGCGCGCAGCUCUCGGCGGUGCAGACUGGGCGUUGUGGAGGCGCGGCGGCGAGGCCGAGGCGGGGGCGGUGGGUGCGAAGGAGGAGGAGAAGGGGGAGGGUCUGGGGCCCGGACGGGGGGGCCCGCCGUUGGCUUGCGCCCUCGCCUUUCCGGAGGAGGCAGGGAGCAGCUCUGCGGCGGCCGCGGCAGCAGUAAAUGGCGUCAUGUGGAUCCGAGGCGGAACAGAGCAGUUGUUGUCCCAGAGGAUAUAUCGCAUCCGGUCCCAGCUCAUUGGCUCCGCGGGGCUACAUUCACUCACACUCCAGCGCCCGCCAGCGCUCCGAGCCGCAGGAGGCAUUCAAAAGGGCAACUGCGCCGCCCCGCGCGUCCCUAGGCUGGUCCUGCCGCCCGGGCGCCGUCACGCGGGGUGCCCGCGGGGCCGGGCUGGGCACGGCGGGGUCAGUUUAUCUAGUUUCAAGGAAACACUGACCUUAAGGUUUCCCCAGGGGCCAUGAGGACGAGCCUUAGUUCGGCUGGCCUUAGGGAACUUUCUCCCCGCCACUAGGAAAAGGCAAUGAACAUUUCAAACUAAUCCGGGCCACGCAGCGUUAGCAUUAAAAGCAAGUUGCAGGUUUUGAGACUUUAUUCGGAAUCCAUUGCAAGCCAACCUCUCCCCUUUUCUGUUCCCCCUCGAGGGGGCGACGGGGAGAGAAGAAGGGGGAGGGGAAGGGGAGCGGGAAGUGAGGUGGGAGGGCUAUUGGUUUAUUCUUUGUCUACUGGAUUAACCCGAUUAUACACCAGGCACCAGCACAAACCGCCACUCCCACCUCAGAGCUGCGUACGAGAGGAACGGAAUGCAGAUUCGAGUUUCAAGUGCCUUCUCCUCUUGCCGGGAUUUGCUUUUGAUUGUGUCGUUUUUCUGUUUAAUAUUAGAUUUUAAUUUUAAAGGGGCAGUUAGCUACAGAUGGAGGCUUUCUGAAGAUCUUUCUUACUGUUUUGUUUGACGCAACAGCGGAAGGAAACUGUACAAUACAGGCCUUCUUAAAAUUAGUUAAUUCAGUCAUACACACAUAAACGAUUACUAAGGGCGACAUCACGGGCUUCUGAAAUGGGAGGGGGCACGCUGUUUCACUGCAGAUGUCCUCCUCCACUCAAAGAGUCACCCUUCAUUUCCGACUCUCCUUGUCACGUAGAACAUUUCCCAAGAAGAUCCUAUUGUCCAUUUUGAAGAUGGUCUGUGUUUUCCCACUUUAAGAAAAUAUGUAUACGUAUAUAAAGAUAGAAAAUGCAUACAUAUGCACUGCUCUAACUGCCGUUCAUUUACUAAGCAAACGUGCUUGCACGUGAGAGCACCGGUGGGAAAUUAACACCCCUCCCAACACACUCCUAAUGUUGGAUUCUAAUGAUUUACAGAACGGUUUUACUUUACAGAGAAGCACGGUCAAAACUCCCGAAGAGCACCUGCGAUCUCGCCGUGCUGGGGUUAGAGUUCUUGAAACAGUGCUAGGAAAACGUGGUUGGUGCUAGAUUUCCCGGGUCCGGCUCCAGCCCACAUCCGUUCACAGCUACCCUGGCACUCGUUGCCUUCUCCCGAGCUCUCGUGCUGGAACGUCCCCGGACCGUUCCCGGCCGCGCUGCGCUCUCGCCCUGCCUUCUCCAUGUUUCUCUAGGGCUCUCUCUCCUCGCCCGAGGUUUGGACCCAGAGGUGGCAGGGGAAGUGGCAUGCGUUAUUUCCGGGCGCUGGCCUACGUCCCCCCACCCCUCGGGUGAGGGUGGACCGGGCUACGUCCGCCUGCUCCACGGCGUCCCCGGGCCUGAGGACACGGAACGACUGCCCCCCACCCCCACCCCAGCUCUGGCCGCUCGCCCGACGCCCGAGUCUUUUGAGCCUCCGGGUGAACUCAAGCGCCGCGGCGCUCACGGCCCGUCGGGCCACCAGGGGGCGCCCGCCCGCCCGGCGCGGGGCUGAGGUGCUUUCUUACCCGGGACUCAACGAAGGCAGGCGGAGGUGCCUUCCAGAAUGUACCUUGGGCCGACUGGUUCACAAUGAAUAAAAAGACAUUUAUUAUCAUUUAAGCUUCGAACAUGUGAUACGUGACUGGAUGGAAUUCCUGGAGAACUGUAUUAACACGUUUCAAAGAGUUGAAUCCUGAGAAAUGGGUAGAAGUAAUCAUUUUUCACAUGUCCAGUUAAAUUGUCUUGUGUGUCUGAUACAAGGAUGUUACGCUAUACCAAAGGUAACAUAUUAUUGUAAAACCCUAAGUUGCAUGUUUGUUCAAAUUAUUUCCAUUUGCUUAUCUUUGCUCUAGAUUCUAAUUUAUAAGACGUAUAUAGUAAGGUAUUUCAUAUUUAAGUUACAUCUUUUUUUUUUUUUGUGGUACGCGGGCCUCUCA